AUGGCUCCAAUCAAUUCUUCAUUGUCAGCUAUUCGUUUCGCUCGAAAACACCACGAGGUUGGCUAUAUUUAUGAAGGCGAGGUAGAUGAUCAAUGGACUGGUGCAAGUGCGCCGCACGGUGGAUAUGUUCUUGCCAUGAUUAUGAAAGCCGCCGUCCAAUCUCAAUCUGAACAAUCUUCAGGCGGAUAUGAUCAACUUGUGCCUGUCCACAUCACAGCACAUUUUCUUAACCGAUCCACCAUUGGACCCAUUCAAUUCCACAUUCACAUCAUUCGUGCAGGCCGGAAUUGGUCAACCAUAGAAGUAGCAUCGUUUCAAAACCAGCGGAAAAACGUGGUGGCGCAAGUUUUAUUUCAAAGCAGAUCGACCGCCCAAGUCUCUCAGAACGAGCCUUCGACUUCCAGGGCAUGUGAAGCGAGCAUCAAGCCGAUGACGUUACAAUCAGGACACUCUGUCUUGUGCCCGCUAAUCACUCAUCCUACUCUGACUCUGCAAACCCCGUUCGCACGCGCCUUCAAAUUUUCAACUCAAGUUCAAUGGAGUGAAGAUUUGGCAAUUAAACACAAACAACCAAUGAUCCAGAGUGCCACCCAGCCAAUUGAAUGGGCAGCUUGGCAUGAGUUUUUAGAUAAAGAUUCAAAUGUUUUCGAUCAACCUGCUUUACUUUGUUACCUUUGUGAUAUGUUUAGAAACUUUGCUCAACUCUUACCUGUAGAAGAUGGGAAGGAUCAUCCAAGUGAUCAACUUUGGUUCCCGACUCUCGUUUAUUCGGUUCGCUUCCUGACACCACCUAAUCCAAAUGAGAUUCAAGAGUUUUCUGUACGGCGUACUGGUUUGUACUUUACUAGUAAAUUCAAUGAAGCCGAUGGCGUUCACGACGCUGUGGUCGAAGUCUGGACCUCACCCAGAGAGGAUAAGCUUGCGAGCGACGUUGGAUGGAGGCAUAAACAGCGCUGUCUUGCAGUUGGUACCCAGCUAGCUGCAACAGUUCCCUCGCUGGGUUCAGAAUCACGCACCAAGUUGUGA